UGGAUGCUGGGACUUGUAGUUCCUAUUCCUAGCCUACAACCUGCAUGGCGGCGCCCAUGCUGCUGCUCACAUCCUGAAGCUGUUCAUUUUAAAGUUUUCAGGGUUUCUGUGGAUUACUCAAAAUGUCCAAGCUCACCCGAACCACCAGGGCAGUGAAGAAGGUGGAAGCUGGCAGUAUGAUCAGAGCGAUCCUACGCUCAGGACAGGCAGCCCCCGGACCCCCGCUCGGUCCCACCCUCGGUCAGAGGGGGAUUCCAAUCGGCCAGUUCUGUAAGGAAUUCAACGAGAGGACAAAGGACAUGAAGGAGGGAAUUCCUCUGCCUGUCCGGAUCCUGGUCAAUGUAAGUUUCACAGGAAUGUACCAGGGGCUGUGGGCACCUCUUUUCCCCAUCCCUACCUGCACCAGGAACUCUGUCCGAGGGCAGUUGUCAGGUAAUCACCUUGGGUUUGGAGCUACAUGGAGACCAGGCCGGGUAAGGAAGAGUGUGGCAGUGCAGGGACGUGGGGCUGGUUGUUGUGGUCUGACUGGGUUACCCCUCCCCGCAGGACAUGAGGUGGCUGGCAUGGUGACGGUGAAACAUAUCUACGAGAUAGCGAAGGUGAAGUCGCAGGAUGAGAGUUUCCGGCUGCAGGACAUGUCGCUGGAGAAUGUCUGCAAGACCCUGAUUGGCUGUGCCAAAUCCCUCGGGAUCAAGGUGGUACCAGAGCUGACGGCGGAGGAUUACGCCCGUUUCCAGGAGCAGAGAGAGGAGCAGCUCAGAGCUGAGGCAGCCUCCCUCGAACCCACCAGCACCAAGAGGAAGGAAUGACCGAGCGGGAGAGGGACGCAUCGUCAUGGCAACGAUACACAGAGGGAGCCGGGUCACUGCCUCACCCCCUCCCUGACGCACAAACACACCCUCCCCCACCCCCCACCCCCACCCUGUCAGACAGCCUCCGGGG